AUGCGCGUUCCAUUGUCACUCCCUAUCACCGUCCUGAGCCUAUUGAGCUCCACGGUUGCUUAUCCCUAUGGCGAGACCGAGGCUGUCUUGCUCCGCGAACCAGAGACCAACCAAGCUAAGGCCAACGCCGUCAAGGAUGCCUUCCAACACGCGUGGGAUGGAUACAUGAAAUAUGCUUUUCCCCACGACGAGCUGACUCCAGUCAGCAAUGGCCACGCCGACUCUAGAAAUGGAUGGGGAGCCUCCGCAGUCGAUGCGCUUUCCACAGCCGUGAUUAUGGGCAAAGGAGACGUUGUAAAUACAAUUCUCGAGCACGUUCAGAAUAUCGACUUCUCCGAGACCUCAGAUACCGUCAGCCUUUUCGAAACCACCAUUCGUUACCUGGGGGGGUAUGCUGGACCUGCAAAAGACCUGGUCGACGACCAGAGCCUCGUUGACGGAUUGCUCACACAGUCCAAAAAUCUUGCUGAUGUGCUCAAAUUUGCUUUCAAUACCCCGUCAGGUGUUCCAUACAACAACCUCAACAUCACAUCGAACGGCAACGAUGGCGCGACAACCAAUGGCCUUGCUGUGACCGGAACACUGGUCCUCGAAUGGACGCGCCUAUCCGAUUUGACCGAUGACAAGGAGUAUGCCAAGUUGAGCCAGAAGGCAGAGUCAUAUCUGCUGAGUCCGAAGCCGUCAAGCAGCGAGCCGUUCCCCGGCCUUGUGGGCAGCUCAAUCAACAUUAAGACUGGCCAAUUUGCAGACGCGUCAGUCUCAUGGAACGGAGGCGACGACUCAUUCUAUGAGUACCUCAUCAAGAUGUACGUGUACGACCCUAAGCGGUUCGCGACGUACAAGGACCGCUGGGUACUCGCGGCCGAGUCGACAAUCAAGCAUCUCAAGGCACACCCGGAGACUCGGCCGGACCUGACGUUCCUGUCUUCGUACAACAACGGAAAUUAUGAUCUCAGCUCGCAGCACUUGACCUGCUUCGACGGCGGCAGUUUCAUUCUGGGUGGUACGGUUUUGGAUCGCCAGGACUUUAUUGACUUCGGUCUUGAGCUGGUGAACGGAUGUGAGGCUACCUACAACUCUACUCUUUCUAAGAUCGGGCCAGACUCGUGGGGUUGGGACCCGAAGCGUGUCCCAGAUGACCAGAAGGAUUUCUACGAGAAGGCUGGCUUCUACAUCAACAGUGGCGCCUAUGUCCUCCGCCCCGAGGUAAUUGAGAGCUUCUACUAUGCGCAUCGCGUUACUGGCAAGGAAAUCUACCGUGACUGGGUCUGGAAUGCAUUCGUCGCAAUCAACUCUACCUGCCGCACCGACUCCGGCUUCGCUGCUGUAUCUGAUGUCAACCAGGCCAACGGCGGCUCCAAGUAUGACAACCAGGAGAGCUUCCUCUUCGCCGAGGUCCUGAAGUACUCGUACCUUGCACACUCCGAAGAUGCCGCAUGGCAAGUCCAGAAGGGUGACAAAAACACCUUUGUGUUCAACACUGAGGCGCACCCUGUCCGCGUCGUACGCGACUAG